ACGUGUAUCCUACCGAGCAUGAAGAGAAAGAGACCCAUGCUUACAUGGAGAGCAUAGGUACUCAAGAAUGCUUAUGCUCUUAGAGUAAUGACAGCUACGGUGUAAAUCUAUUCUGGUCUUGACAAAUCUACGUGCAAUGUGAAAGAGGUCUGAUUUCGCCCUCUUCCAUCAGAUGGCGCUCCCUCUUUUUAAGGCCCCUCUCCAUUUCUCGCCGCCUCCACAUCUCCUCCUCAGCCCUUUCCUUCCACCGCACCACCACAGUACGCGCGAGCACAGCCUCCUCCUUCCCCGCCAGAUCAGAAACUAGCCGGCCUAUCCAUGAAGGUCCUGAUGUCGCGGCGGCGCGGCGCGGCCGGAGGGCUGCGCAUCAAGAAGAAGGCCCGCGGCUUCAUGUGCGGCUGCGGCGGCACCAAGUCGGUGUCAAUCUCCGACGGCUCCGACAAGUCGCCCAUGGCCACGCCGCAGACCGCCGCGUCGACCACUCCUCUUACGGCGAAGGUGUCCACCACCACCAGCACCGCGACGGCGAAGGCGAUGAGGAGAAGAGCCGGCGGGGGCAGGCCGCCCGCGACGACGUCGUCGGCCGCGGAGGCCCCGUCGUCGCUCUCGUCCUCGUCCUUGUACGCCGACACCACCGACGACGGACCCAGCAGAAUGGACAGCACGCCCAGCCUGUCCGCGCUCCUGCGCCAGCUCGGCGAGCUGGAGCGCAGCGUCCGCUGCCUGCACGCCGGCGGCAACGGAGCGGAAGCCGGCGCCGGCGCCAAGCAGCAGAACGGCGCCGGGGGCCGGCGGCACCGGCGGGCGGUGAGCGAGGGCGGCGGCGGCGGGUCCGGUCGCGUGGAGGAGAGCGUGGCGGUGGUGAAGGAGUCGGCGGACCCGCUGGCGGACUUCCGGCGGUCCAUGCUGCAGAUGAUAGUGGAGAAGGAGAUCGUGGGCGGGGCGGAGCUCCGGGAGCUGCUGCACCGGUUCCUGUCCCUGAACUCGCCGCGCCACCACCACCUGAUCCUCCGCGCCUUCGCCGAGAUCUGGGAGGAGGUGUUCGCCGGGUACGAGCGCACGCCGGACUUCCUCGCCGCGCAGCGCAGGAAGAAGAAGCACCUGGUGGCGGCGACGACGCGCGGCGCUUAACUUCCAUCUGCUGCUCGAUCGUAUCGAUCCGUCGACCGCUUCUUUUCCAUCCGUCUGACGAUUGACGAGCGAGCUGAGGCGAGGUUCGCGGUAGGGUUCUUAUCUGUUUGGCUGAUUGGUUUCUUGAUUGACGCGCAUUGGUUUCGUUUCAUCAUGCGUGUGUACAAACGAUUGCGAACGGGCGAGAGCCGGUAGGAAUGAACACGACCGAAGGCUCCAAAUGCGUGCCUUGUGUUUCCUGA